AUGGGCUGUAACUCAUCAUUACCGCCUACUACUGUUGCUCAGCCACUUCAUCAAGCAAAGGGAGAAAAACAGCGGAAACCACAGCCGGAAACGGUCACAAAAAGUGAUCCUACGACACCCGCUGACCAGACUGCUAAGAAACUGCCGGCAGAACCCGUAGCAGCAGCUCCGAUGAAUACCAAUAAAAAACACAUAAUGUUAUCGUAUCAGCAUGCGAAUCAAGAGCUUGUAUUAAAAGUCUACAAAUUUUUACAGAAACAUCGAGUUGCAGUGUGGAUGGACAUUAAAGGUGGAAUGGAGGAGCAUCUUCUCGAUAGCAUGGCUGCGGCAGUGCAAAAUUCAGCAGCUGUUGUCUGUUUUCUUACUCAAAAAUAUCAGGAUUCACAAAAUUGUAAAGACGAAUUCAAGUAUGCACGAAAGAAAGAUAAACCAAUUAUUCCUUGUUUAAUAACUCUUGGCUGGAAACCAGAUGGCUGGCUUGACAUUGGCAUUAGCGACUUACUAUACAUAGAUUUUAAGAAGACAACAGAGGAGAAUUUUGAGCAAAAAUGCGAAGAAUUACUUGAAAAGAUUAAACAAGUGGUGAAAUUAGAUGAUAUCUUUAUCACUGAGGAUGGAAUACCCGCUGGUUUUGAAGAAGAUGGUGUUGAUGCAGAACUGCAAGAAGAACUGAACUAUGAAGGCUUCAAUGUUGAUUGUACUUCAAAAAUGGUACCAAACAUUCACGAAGGACCGGAAAUAAAGAUUGUUAAUAUUGAUCAGACGCAAAUCAAUAAACAUACGUGCGAAGGAGAUUCGGUAGUGCGUCUCUUGUUAACAGGCAAAGGUAAAGAUCGAAAUAUUCAAGCAAAUCAAGAUAGUUUUAGACAUGAUGGUGAAUUUCUCAAUUAUUUCUUCAUACCCAAAUUAGUAUUCCACAAUAAAAGUAAACAACCGAUAUCAAUCAUUGAGUUAUCAGGCGAAUAUGAAGAUUCUCAUGGAAAUUGGUGUGAAUGUCACGACAUAAAACUUUCUCCGGCAUUAUCAGAGAACGAUGAAAAUUACAAUUGGUUGCCCAAUACAACACUGAACUUGGAACCGUUAAAGCUAACAACAUUUGCUGUACGUGUCGAUGUAAAAGUCAAAGGAACGCCAGGAUCAUCGAAUAAACAUAGAAUGCGAGCGCACAAAAGUUUACCACAACCAUUCAAGAUUCGCCUCACGCUGCAAGACACAGAGGGCAAAACAGCUAGUCUUAUUGUAGAGCAAGCCAAUGAACAAUUCGUUUUACCAACUAAAGAAAUAGCAAUGAAAACUUUUGACUUUGAAGAUGUUGUUGCAUUUGUUUAUGCAGAUGAUUGUGACGGGGAUGAGCGGUAUUGGGUAGUUAUUUAUUAUGAAGAUAAGUCAAAACUUCGAUUUAGCUUCGGCUACGGUUUAAAUGGCUAUGAAACAAAAUAUUUAGAUACAUGGCUCAUUAAAGAUUUCUGCAAUCAAGCGAAAAAGACUGCUGCAACUGAAAUAGUACUGGAUGAAUGGAAUCAUGAUUGGAGGACAAUAACAGCAUUAUUCGAUAAAGAGACAUUCAUUCUCUUUGGAUUUCGUAUCGAGUUAAAGACAGACACGUCGAAAACGAGAGAAACAGUUUUACUGCCAUUAGACAAACUUAGAGAAAGGCUUGCUAUUGAGAAACUAGAGCCCGACGAUGAUCGAAUCGUAAACACAUACACUUCUAUUUCUUAA